GGAAGUGGCGCUGGGUGGGCGUGGCUUGGUCUUUUUGAGUACGUCGACAGGCGAAAGUCGCCCCUAUUUCGAAGAGCGCCUCAGCGAACGAACGACUCGUAGUAAAUAAGCAAAGCCGUCAGCCAGUAGGCACGCUUGAACGACACGAUGGUGGCGAAGCAGAGGAUCAGGAUGGCCAACGAGAAACACAGCAAGAACAUCACGCAGAGAGGAAAUGUGGCCAAGUCCACGAGAAACCUGACGGACGACAAAGGCGUGGGACCCUGGCUGCUGGCGCUCUUCCUCUUUGUCGUUUGCGGCUCAGCUAUCUUCCAGAUCAUUCAGAGCAUCAGGAUGGGCAUGUAAUGAUGACGUGGCCACCGGACGCCCCCCCAAGAUACAUUCCCGAACUUUGACCUGCGAUCAUUCCCGACCGGUCUCGCCACGCACACGCAUCCACACGUGCGCGCUCGUUUGCAGAAGGUGGUGCAGCGGACGACCUUCUCGCUGGUGUUUACCUGUGCCUAAGCCCCACCUCCGCUGGUGAGGCCUUAUCGGACAGACGGGCUGGGGGGGGCUCAAAGUGCACCUGACGACCAAAACAAGGAGGAGCGUGCAUGCGCGCGUGUGUGUGUGUGAGAGAGAGAGAGAAUAAAGUUUGACUUCCACACCAAG